UACAGUUGGGCCGCGCCGGUACCACGCCACAGUCUCAUCUAAGCCUCAGCUAUAUGCGCACAUCCUCCCCAUAAUAGCCGAAUUCCACUCGUCCGGGACCCACGCGCGAAGGUGCGACGCGACCGCGAAACUCGAAUCGCGAAUACGAAUUUUUAAACGUCGAACAUUUUUAUUUUUUUUCGAAACUGUCAGAAAAGUUGCAGUUGGCGGCAAACGGUAAAGUUGUGUGUUGUGUAAAGUGCAUUUAGACGUUGAGCUUGCUAAGAUUUUUGUGUGCUAUCUCGAUGUGCCGAAAGAUUCUGUUGUGAAGUGUAUUUUUAUUUUGUGCUCGUAUUUUCAUUUGGAUUAUUUUGCUCCGGAAUUUUUGGAACAAUAUGGAAAUGACGCAUCUGACCGCUUCACUUCGAGAAGACUGUUAAUUCAUAACUUUAGACAUAAGCCCGCGUUUUAAACAGCCGUUAUAAAACAAAGAUGCUGGGGUGUGCUCUGAGGAGAGUUGCUUCAGUGUUCCCUUUCGCGCCAAAGGACAUUAGCUUCAGCUCGGCUGACGACAGCCGAUGCCUAGAUAAGUAGAUGUUUUAAAGGUAGCACUGUCCAAAAAAUUUCGGCCAACAGAUCUAAAAUUGAAGUUCACAACCUGAAACAAAACUAGUCAAGUUUAUAGCAAUAGUAAGUUACCAAUAGCAGAAGUAGGGAAGAGAACAGAGAUAUAGUGCGCGCGGUUCUGGAAACGCCACUUCGGUGGUAUGCUUUAUAUUGCCUCUUGGAUCGACUGUGCGCUGACUGGUCGCUACGUCACGUGGCUUCCCGGCGCGCGACUGCGGUGCUGGAUGCUACUAACUGUAUACACGUUACCACAGCUUGCCGUCUCUGCGAAGAUAUUGUGCCUCCUGAUGGUGGUGAUCUGCGGUGCGGUGCCGUCGAUGGUCCGUUCAGUGCGCCUCUUCAGCCAGUGCUCCCACCGGUACGUCAACGUGUUCCCAAACGGCACCGUCAUGGCCCACUCCGAUGGAAACGACCAGUCGAAUCUCACCAUCAGCACCCGCGGCUUCAGCCUCGAGCUGCUCAUCCACUCGCCCGUGCACGACCUGUAUCUAUGCUUCAACCGAUCCAGGCUGGUCGGCAGACGACUGACACGAUUCCAAGCGGAGAGACAGCCCAACUGUCUUUUCAAAGAAGAGUUUGUGGACGGCUACAACAGAUACCGUUUGACGAAGAACGAAGACCGCUACAUAGGGUUCAACCGGCGGGGGAUGCAGCUGCGGCGCGGCAAAAGCCGUCUCUCCGAGCGGUUUCACAAGUGCCUGUCCUUCAUGAAGGUGGCGCACGACUUCGACAUAACCAGGCACAACAAUGUGCUCGCAGGGGACCGUCCGCAGCGUAGGCACCGCGCCUCCUCACCCAACGCCAUCAAAGCCCCCUGCCAUGGCAUCCGCCACCACCACGGCAGGUAUCAGAGGCGGAGAAACUGCGACGGAACGUAGACCAACCCCCCAAAACUUAGCAGCUUCACGCUUAAACGCUUCGCGCGUACCGUUGCCAGCUGUUGGACAUUGUGAGUGGACAGAGUAUUAGUCAACUAUCGCAGUAUUAUUACAGUGACGAGGACUGGAUAGCGUUAGGUUAGCUCGGUGGCCGCAUGAAUGGUAGCUGAAGCGGACGAGUAAACAUUUGAAUGGGGAGAAAGAGCCACGCCGGGACGACGUCCGGAGCUGUGAAAUUCCUUAAGGUCGUGUAACAUCGGAGCGCUCGUUUGCUCUUGCCUGCGGUCGGGCUCGUGCUCUAAAAGGAAAAAAGGUUUCUGUAGAAUGAGCAAAUAGUAGUCGCUGGUCACGAGGCCGACAGACCACCGCUGGACGAGUGUUUGAGGCCGCGCCGCCACCUCGGCUCGCACGGUCCGGCUGGCUUGCCAUAAGUGUAGCAAAAAUGCCUUUACGUCAAUUCUCAGUGUGUUAUUAUUUAAAACGCUUUACUCUUAAAUUAAGUACGGAUCGUGUUAUGCUUGUAAAUAUUAUAAAAAACCUAUUUGUGUUUACUUAUUUAUCAAAAAAGUUAAUCAGAAAAUUUGUAAACGUAGAUGUUAGUUGUAAAGUUGUAUUAAAAUGUUUUUGUAUUUAAUUAUGGGUAUUUAAUCCGACCGACCGCUCUCUCUGAUUAGCCGCAGUUCGUAACCUAGAUUUUCUUACUUCGCGUACUGAAAAUUUCAAUUAAUGUUCAUUAAUAUUAUUCUGUUUUUAUAUUGAUUGUAUGGUUUGAGCGUUUUGUAAAUAUUAUUUUAAGGUUUAGCAUGAGAGUGAUGGUCAUUGAAUCUCUGUAAGUCUUUAGUCUGAUUUCUCGCUUUCAUCAAAAUGCCUUGAGAUUCCUGUAUUCAUUUUAACCCGAACGACCCGAUGAUGUGUGAAGGCGUGAUGUUUCUAAUGCAUUCCUAAAUAAUAGAACAUGUUAAUCUUAUAGUAUCGAGAUCUGUGCCAUAGCGUCGUGGCGGUACGACUUGAGUUCACAUUGUAACUACUAGAGUUAAGUUUAUGUCAGUAAACUAUGGGUAGAUAAACGAUGUUUAACAUAAGGAAAUAACUGAAUUAAUUUUCGUUGUAAAGAUGUUGCAAUGAGGGAAGCGACGGUGAUCAGGUUGGAUUUGGUUACGUAAAGCUUUGCUUGCAAUACGCAUUUGAAUAAAAUUUUCCCGAAAUGUUAUCGUAAAUACACUUUGGCAAAUAAAUUAAUGUCACCGUUUUCCCUUUUAUAAGUAUUCGCAGAUGUAGUAAAUUAUAAAUAUGUAAUAUAUUUUUAUGUCAUGUAUUAUUCGAAAAGAAAUUAGACACUAUACUGAAUAUUGUGUCGUCUUACUUUGCAGUAAUUCGAAGAAUUCAUUUUAUAUUUUGACAAAACAAUUGAAUAGAUGUCGCUGCUGUCAUUCAAAGUGAAAUUCGAUGCUUUACAUUCCCCCAUUAUUCCAUGUAUUUAUGUAAUAAAAUACCCAUGGAUUCCAGUCGAUGACACCACAUUCCACAAUGUAAAAACAAUUACAAAAUAUGCGCUUAAAAACAUAAUGAAUUUGUUAAAUAGUGUGACACUGUCUUUAUAUUACUGUGUCUUAUUAUAAGUUAUCAGAUGCUGAACGAAAUCGUAUAAUUGCUAAGAAAAAUUACGAAAUUAAAUAUUUAACUCGC